GGUGGCCGGGCCGGUUUCCGUCUGAGGAGGACCGGUCCCUCCUCGGUCGGUCGUGGGGGUAGGGGCGGCGCGGGGCGGCGGAGGGGAGGUGUCUACAGGUGCCGCACUACUGCCCGUGCCGCCGCACCGUCAACAUGGGCUGCCGGCGCGGAGAGCUGCCGGUGCUGGGAGCGGUGCUGGCGCUGGCGCUGCUGGUCGGACCGCGGGUGCUGGCCCAGAGAGCUGACAUCGAGCUGGUGCCGGCGCUGAGCGGCGGAGAUGGCCCCGGCCCGGUGACCUACUCGGGCUACCAGGUGCUGCGCGUGCAGGUGACCGGCACCGACACCGCCGAGCUGCUCAGGAGCUAUGAGAACAACCCCGGCGCUCACUUUUGGUCGGAGUCGGCGGUGCAGGAGGGGCCCGUGGACGUCAUGGUCUCCCCCGACGUGGGUCGGCGGCUGAAGGAAGAGCUGACCCGCUCCGGGGCCUCCUACACCGUCAACAUUGAGGACGUGCAGGAGGCGAUAAAGCGGGAGAACCCGUCCGAUCUCCUUCAGCCGCGGCUGCAGGUGCGGCAGAGCCUCCAGCAGGGUCACCCGCUGACCUGGAGGAAGUACCACCGGCUGGCUGACCACCACCAGUACCUGGACUUUGUCGCGCUCCGGUAUGGCGACCUCUGCGAGACGUUCAGCAUCGGCACCAGCACCGAGGGACGAGACAUCAGGGGCGUCAAGUGCGGCCGAGGAAAGCGGGAAAUCUGGAUCGAUGGAGGUAUCCACGCGCGGGAGUGGAUCUCGCCGGCGGUCGUGUCGUACUUGAUCCGCGAGUUCUCCGAGCGGUCGACCACCUCUAACGACAUCCUGUCCAACUUCACGCUCUACAUCAUCCCGGUGCUCAACCCCGACGGCUACGAGUACAGUCACACCCAUGACCGUAUGUGGCGUAAGACGCGCUCGAAAAACGCCGAUUCUACCUGCAUCGGCGUCGAUGCCAAUAGGAAUUUCGACAUUAGCUGGGGAAAGAGUGGCACCUCCCAGGAGCCGUGCGCGGUCACUUACGGAGGGCCGCACCCGUUCUCUGAGCCGGAGACGCGGGCCAUCCGCGACUUUGUGCUGGCACACAAGGAUAAACUGGAGAUGUUUAUCACUCUCCACAGCUACUCGGAGCUGCUGUUUGUGCCGUACGCCUUCACGAUACAGAAGCCGGACGACUAUGACGAGGUGCGGGCGGUGGCCGAGCGCGGGGUGGCCGCCCUGCGCGCAGCCUCCGGACGCGAGUUCAGCAUCCCGCGCACCACCCCGUACAACCAGCUGUCCGGCGUGUCCGACGACUGGGCCAAGGCGGUGGCCGGCGUGCGCUUCACCUACACGUUCGAGCUGCGCGACAAGGGCGCGCACGGCUUCCUGCUGCCGGCCGAGCAGAUCGAGCCCAGCGGCCGCGAGAUCGCCGCCGCCAUCAAGGCCAUGAUCCGUGCGCUGCCGGCGCCACAGCGCCAGUCCGGGGAUGUGGCAGAGCACCGGGAGGCCGCCGCGCCGGCCGCCGGGAAACGGGCUGCCGGCAGGCGGUUCUACUGACAACUAAAGAGGGAGGGGGGCUUUCUGCUGGGCCGGGAGAGAGGCUUCCGACUGGGCCGGCGGAGAGGCGGUGUCUGGGUCAGGAGGACGACGUUCUACUGGGCGGGGAGGUAGGCAUUCUACUGAGCCGAGAGAGAGUCAUUCCACUGAGCCGGGAGGGAGCCGGGAGGGAGUCAGGAGGUAGGCGGCGGGUCGGGCCGGGAGGGAGGCGGUGGCUGAAACCGGCCGGAGAACCGUGAACCGGCCGGGGAACCGUGUUACGCGCGAUGAUAGGAUCGGCGGCAGUGUAGCUCCGGCCGAUAACCGAGCCGAUAACCGGCCGAUAACCGAGCCGAGAAAUGGGUCACAAAUGCGAGUGGGUCUUCAGGUCACCGGUCCUACAUGGAGUGACGGGUCCAUUGUUGAUCUGUCCAGCCUACAUACCGGGCUGCUGUAAAUGCACGCAUGUUGCGUGCAUUCAUGCAGACACGAUAUGCAUUUUAGAUUAGCUGAACGUUUUGAAUCGCUUGUUUUUGUGAUCCUACAGCUACAAUUAUUGCAUGUGUAUGGGAUGCAUUCAUUAGACGCUAGCGUAACUACAGGUAGAAUUGCCUGAAUCGUAUGGUGACAUCACCAAUCGCUGGUGAAUGGCAUUGUAACAGUGUAUUAACUUUACUUCCAGCACAGUCGAGGGUGCAAAUAAACAAUUUGAGUUGAG